UUCCAAUGAAACCAGGUGUCCAUCAUAGCAAAUAAAACGAUUGUACGAAACGAGCAGCUCGGAAUUUGCAGAAUAGCAUGGCUGCCUCGCCCUCAAGUUCUUCUUCACCUAUGCCGCCGCGUACUCCACUUUCUAAAUCUCGGGUUACAAUUACCUCUUCCAUCCCCUUGCGUAAUCAUGAGCAAUGGAUCCAUCCCUUUCUUCUCCUCAUGUUUUUUCUCACCUCCUUCCCGUCUUGCUUUUCCUCCGCCGAUGUCUCCUACGCUGAUCAUUGCGGCUCCAUCGUACCCGAAUCCACCCCUUCCACACUUCGUGCAUACUCAGAUAGCUACUUUCGCAUCUCAAGUGGAUACUUCGUCGGUGGCGAUCGCUUUCUCGGCGAGGAUUCCCGGAUUGACUUCUCCGCCCUCCGAUCCUUCGCUUUCUACAGCCGAUCGGUGCUACUUACGCAUACCCCGGGCACACUCCAGAUCGUUGGAACACUAAUCUUUCACGGUGGAGGCUUCCAUUUCGCUCACCGGAACUUCACGUCCCGCGGCCGCUCGCUGCGUCUUGUCCGUCCAUGGAACACUCGGAGCUUCAAGAGGCUGGGAAGGGUUAGCUUCGACAUAUCGGGCUUUUGGUCCGAGGAAACCGGUAAACUUUGCAUGGUGGGAACCGGCUCCGGACGUUCCAAAGAAGGUAUCUCUCUCGAUCUCUCUGCUGUCUUUAAGCUCAAAUACCCUACUGCUGCCAACAUUACCUCCAGCGUUGUCAGCGGAUAUCUGGAGAGUUUGGAAUCAGUGAACAGUACAAGUUACUUUGAUCGGAUCAUGGUUCUGGCUUAUGCACAGAGGAAGUAUGAAUACACGAAGAUUUUCCAGGCUCGGAGUUCAUGCUCCUUUAUUCAUGAUUCUGUGGGUCAGUUGAUGGGUUUUCUUGACAGACGCCAAUCAAUUUGCGAUGCUCCCGGUGACCUUCUAAGGACAAGGUUCAAAUUGGAGUAUGGGAGCAGCUGCUCUAAUAGGAACUGCGGUCCUUUAUACAAUUGCUUAGGGUUUCAGCCAGCAUUUUUGAAAUUUACAUCUCUGGAUUGUUCUGAUGAUGGUAAAUUUCGAUUAGUUGUAUUGUUUUCUAACUAUAGUGGCCCUUCAUCUAUGAUGAUGCUGGAGCCUGGAAUGGCUAUGAUUGCUGAGGGAAGUUGGGUUCAAACUAAGAAUCAGCUUUGUCUCAUUGCUUGCCGUGUCAAGGCAUUCACUGACGCUCUGGCUGAUAAUGCUGUGGAUGACUGCACAGUUGGCAUAAGCCUAGCAUUCCCUGCAGUCCUGACAAUUGAGAGCAGGAGCACAACUGUAGGGAAAAUAUGGAGUAACUUGAAUGAAACUAGUCCCGGAUACUUUAGCUCUCUUAUUUUCCGGAGUUUUGGGUACAGUGGGGAAUAUGAUAACCGUUUAAGAUACAAAUAUACAAAGAUGGAUGAUGUGAGGAAAUCUUGCACUGAGGCAGAUGUUCGUAGAUCCAGGAAAAAGAGAUACCCCGAUCCAAGGAACUAUAUAGACUUUAUGUUUUAUUUGCUCAUAACAACAUCCGAAGGAAAGCUGGGAAAUGGCUUUGCAAAUCCAUUAGCUUUGGGUGAGACGAUCAAUCACAUUGCUUCCAUGAAGCGCCCUACAUUACUGGCAAACAAUCAGAGCAUGUGGAACAUAAGCUACUACUUUACACACGCCAAUCAUCAAAAUGCACCUUUUAACAGUCCUGAUGCAGGAGAUAUAUCUGCUGAAGGAACUUAUAAUAUAAAAACAGGGGUGAUUUGCAUGGUUGGCUGCCGGUCAUUUGACACACAAGGGAACAAUCUAGUUUCCAAGGACUGCAGGAUUCUCAUCAAUAUACAGAUUCCCCCACUUAAUCCAGAACCUGGAGAACAUCUACAUGGUACAAUUAGAAGCACAAGAACAAACUUGGAUCCACUCUUUUUUAAACCUCUUGAGAUCUCUUCUCAGGUGAUGUACGGGAGACAAGCUGCUCAGUCAGCUUGGAGGAUGGAUAUAGAAAUUAUCAUGAUCCUUAUAUCCCUUACAUUUUCAUGCAUUUUUGUAGGUUUACAACUGCUCCAUACCAAUAAACACCCUGGCGUGCUUUCUUCCAUUUCCAUCACAAUGCUUGCUUUUCUUACAUUUGGCCAUAUGGUUGUUUUAGUGCUCAACUUUGAAGCAUUAUUGAAAAAUCACAAAAAACAGAAUGCUCUGCAGGGUAAUGGUGGUUGGCUUGAGGUGAAUGAGGUUGUUGUGAGAUUGAUGACAAUGGCAGCUUUCUUGUUGCAUUGCCGUUUGCUUCAAGUUGCGUGGUGUGCAAGAUCAGCAAAUGAUGGCAAAAACAGUUUGUGGCUUGCAGAGAGAAAAACCAUCCGAUUAUGUCUGUUUCUAUAUAUUGCUGGAGGUUUUAUUGCCUGGUUGGUUCGCCCGAGUUCUCAGAAAACUUUCCAUCAGGUGCCGCAUAUAACUAUUGAAACUCGUUAUUCUCCCUGGGAUGAUAUUCAAACUUAUGCUGGGUUGAUACUUGAUGGUUUUUUAAUUCCUCAAGUUAUUCUUAAUGCGCUAUGUGAUUCCAAGGAAAUUUCCCUUGCCCCUUCUUUUUACGUUGGAACAACUAUUCUUAGGGCACUUCCACAUGUUUAUGAUCUCUACCGAUCAAGAUACUACAUUCCCCGUCUCAAUUCAUCUUACAUCUAUGCCAGGCCAAACGGAGACCUCUACUCUCUCGCUUGGGAUAUAAUUAUUCCAGGUGUGGGAAUUCUAUUUGCUGUAUGUAUAUACAUUCAGCAGCGAUUUGGUGGGGCUUGUAUCUUUUGCCGAAGAAUUGGAAGCCUUGGCUUGUAUGAAAUGGUUCCUGUUGCUACCAGUUAGCUUGUUUCCCUAAAAGCUGACCAUUGUGGUAUCUUGCUGCAGAACUUUCACUUGAACUUAAUCAUGUUAUAUAUUCUUUUCUUUCUCAAUUGGAUUUUCAUGUUUUUCGAAGUUGUCAGCAUGGUCAGCUAUGUACUCGUCAAAACUUUUCAAAAUGCUAAGGGAGUUCGGUUUAGGGUUGUGCGCCACAUACCCACAGUAUUAGGUGCCACUUAAGAAACAGCUUGUUUCCGUUUUGCAAUUGAUGCGGAGCAUCUUAAGCAUAGCCAACCUUAAGGAAUACUAUACCAUUUUCUUACCAUUUA